CAGCAAGUGGUGCUGCUGGCUCAGGAACAUCUCAGCGUCUGGAGCGUUUUGUUUUUAUCUCCAUCUUAGAGCGCGUUGCCUGUCGCAUCAGAACAUGACUGAGGCCGUGACAGAGCACAGCAGCGCGCGCUCACGUCUCACUCCCAUCUCAGGCAGUUGGCUAACAAACCACUCUGAUGGGUGACACAAAUAAACAGAGUCAGGAAGAGAUGGAGGGGGACGGCAGCAGUGCCGCUCCAGUGAGCUCUACACCCAGAUCCAGCUCUCCCACGGGCUCCCAGCCCAACUCCAUUCCCCUGGGAAACGUCUCUUCAGACAGGCAGGCGGUCCAGGUAAUCCAGCAGACGUUACACAGACCACAGAGCAUGACAGCUCAGUACCUGCAACAGAUGUAUGCUGCCCAACAACAACACAUCCUGCUGCAGACAGCUGCACUACAACAGCAGCAUCAACAAAGCCUCACCGCUGCACAAAUCCUGACCACUACAGAGCAGGCCGCACAGACUAAUGGCAGGCAGCUCAACUCCUCCCCUCCAUCAUCCAAUGGGAAUGUAACUCAGCUUGCUAGUGUGUCUCAAACAUCAAUCACCAUGCCAACCUCUCCUGUAACUCAGCCAAUAGGUCGCCUCCAGGUCACUAACUCCAAUAGCACAGGGGGGGCCAUAUCCCAGCAGGCCAUGCUUCUAGGAAACAGCUCUCCCACAGGUAGCCAGGCCCAAAUGUAUCUGCGCACUCAGAUGUUGAUUCUUGCUCCUGCUGCCACUGUGGCUGCUGUUCAACCUGAUCUGACUGUUGUGAGUUCAAUGUCCUCUCAUUCAGCAUCAUCACAGGUUCAAAGCUUGGCUCUCCGCACGCAUCUCCCUGGAGCUCUUGCUACUGCCCAGAACAUCCAGAUCAAGCCUCCUCUUCAAGGCCAGACGCUGGUGUCCCCCCUUCCCAAGAUGUCCAUUUGCCCACUGAAGUCCACACAGCUGUCCCAGAACCUGGUAGAAACUUCUAGAAGUGAGUCCCAGUUGACCGAUGUCACUCAGCCACCAUCAGCCCAACCUCACAUUCCUCCUUCAACGUUCACACCAGUCCAGUCUCAUACGCUGGUCAGACACCAGUUGCACUGCCCUUCUGGUCAGAGGGUGACGCCCCACCAGCUCAUCAUCCAGCAGAGCGCCGCCGCUCACAGACAAGUCCAGCCCAUCGCUCUGCGUGUCACACCGCAGGACAGCUCUCCUUUACCCCUUGCCCUGCAGACCCGCACCACUCCCACUACAGCCACCGUCCAAUCACAGCACACAGAGUUCCUCUCAGUGCCCUCGUCUGCAAAUCAAACGGCCAAUCAGUCGGCAGUUGUGUCUAUGUCCACAGUUCCUCCUGCAGCGCUCCCUGACCCUCCACCACUUCAUCUGGGCCCAGUGCUAGAGCCGGUCUCCCAGUAUUCACCUCUGGCCUGCCCCCCUCCUCUCACCAUGGGUCUGCCCAGGCUGGUCCAGCCGCAGAGACUCUCUCUACGCUCAGUUCAGACUGUAGCUGUCCAGUCUGACCACAUGCUGGUGUCUGAAGAGGAGCACCCGGUCGAUGAAGCAGUAGUUCAAUUGCCUUUUCAGAAUCUACCGCCACCACAGACAGUGGCAGUGGACUUAAAGAUGCAACCUGCUACACAAACAGAAGCUCCCUCGGCGACGGCGUUGUUGAAGGAGAGUGAAAGCAUGAAUUUGUUGAAGGAUGUAGAACACGUGUGUCCUCAGUACAUCAGUGCGCCCACCCCGCCACCACAGUCCCCACCAGACGAGUCACAGAGAACCUCUGAUGAUGUAACAGCUCAACCAGAAAACCGUACAGCUGAUCCGGAGCAACCGUGCAUUCAAUCGAGCAGAUCUGUGAUCCGGUCACCGGAGGACCCCACACAUGCCAACAGUUCCCCCCCUCCCCUCCUCUCCUCUGCGGUAAGAAGCACCAGCAGGCUUCCCCCAGCCAGCCUCCCAGGGAACCCUGAGGGUCGGCCCUCACAGGCCAUCGUUAGACCUCACAUCCUCACACACCUCAUUGAGGGCUUCGUCAUCCGAGAGGGCCUGGAGCCGUUCCCGGUGAGACAUGCUUCCUUAGAGAUGAACCUACAGGCCACGCUGCCAGAAGAUAGAGAGGAUGGAGAAUCACCCCGGGAUGACUGCCUUAUGGAUGCGGAGCAUCCGGAAAACUCCACUGAUUCCGACAUUGACAACCCUCCCGCUGAGGAUGAACAGACAGAUGAAAACCUGCCUGACGUACUGGAAUGCGAGUUUUGUGGGAAGAGAGGCUUCGCUCGUACCUUCCUCAGAUCCAAACGCUUCUGCUCCAUGACAUGUGUCAGAAGAUUCAACGUAAGCUGUAAAAAACGCCUAAACCUGUUCAGGCCAGAAAAAGUUGGCCGCUGGCCCCACAGACCCAUGGGCAGGCGGGGGAGACCACCUAGUCGUGUAAACGGUGGAUCUAGGGAACACUACCUCAGGCAGCAGCUGCAAGAUUCCCAUCGUUCCAACGACAACCAGAGGGUGUCCGAUUCAGUGUGGAUCGAGAGAGAGGAGGAGGAGGAUCCACCAGGCCCGAUGACGACAAGGCUGCGUUUGCAGGCCGAAAGAGAGAAGGAGCAAGACAGAGAAAGAGAACAGAGCCGACUGGAGAGCUGCAGCAGCUCUGACUGUGUUCUUGACUCAAGUCCCUCACAGUGGAGUGUGGAGCAAGUGUGCUCCUUCAUCAGCUCUUUACCAGGGUGCCAUGAUAUCGCUGCAGAGUUCCAGUCACAGGAGAUCGACGGACAGGCCCUGUUGUUGCUUACAGAGGACCACCUCAUGAACGCUAUGAACAUGAAACUGGGCCCUGCGCUCAAAAUCUGUGCACAGAUCAACGCUCUCAAAGAACCUUAGGCUCAUCUUUCCACAGCUGUCACACAAUAUCUGAGAGUCAGCUUCCUCCAAAGUGCCAUGAUUUCAGUGUGUGGCCAUUCUACAGAUACUGUAGACACUCAUGGGGACCUUCUUCUUAUACCUCAAAGUUUCAUGGUGGACUUGAUAUCUUGGAUUUCAUUCCAUUCAAUCUGAUUGUAAGGUAAAGUUUUGAAUAAUAUCUAGAACUAAAUUCUGAUCUUGUAUAUUGGAUUUAUAAUAAAUAGACCUACAGGAAAUGCAGAAUAUGAAGAAUGAGGAAUGAUGUUGCUGUUUUUACAUUAAAGGAUUAGUCCACCUUUAAAUAAACUUUUCCUGAUAAUUUACUCACCC